AUGUUGAUCUGGAAAGCGGUAUUUAUGAAGCGAACAAAGAAAAUGAAUGUUAUUCUUUGCAAGGCACAAGGCAUUGUUGCGAAUACGGCGCAAGACAAUGAGAUUCCCGCUUCCAAGCCCAAGAGACGUCCAUUCAUGUCGACCGAGAGAAAGGCUAGGCAGAGUGGAUUCGUUGGCGGAAAGACACUCCAACUGAGACCCGUUGAUCGUAUCGUUGAACGUGCGACUCACACGCUUAACUCCCUUGAUAGAUCUAGCGAAAUACUUGAAAAUCACAUCGAAGUCUGGCGGAUCAUUUGGGCCAGGAAGUACUUUCGUUUUAGCCGGAAGGUGGAGGAGGAUCAUUUUGAGGAGUUCGGGGAUGGCGAAGACUCAUUGGAGGUUGGGGUUAUAGUGGCUCGAAUUCUGUCGCAUGUUGGAAUAUGUGAUAAUCAAGUGAAUUUGCAUGCAUGCUCGUCAAUUGUGUUUCGGAAAGAUGAAAUAUUGUAA